AUGACUUGGUGUUAUCCUGUGGAGGAUGAUGACCCCAAACUUCGCAGACGACGUAAGGUCAACCAGGCAUUCGAGAGAGGACCCGUUAGAGUCAACCGUUCUUUAAAUUACGAGUCUGCUAAUCGCCUCGCUCAAAAUCAAAUGUUCGUACCGUUCACCCGUGUACUUCCGUACUACCCAGAGGAAGGUCUCGGCAACACCGAGGAUGUUUACACCCCCGCAGAAACUGCGUGUGGACAAAUAGACAUAGACCCACAGGAAUUUGCAAAAAUCAAAGAUGUAUACACUACAUUCAACGACAACGGCUGCGGUGUACUGAAAUUACUGGGCGCCAAGGGCGGCCAUUUCGCUUUCAAGUACUCUGGCCCCUUGAGGGAGAAGUACGGCAUAAAGGCAUAUCUGACCUAUCUCGUGAACCUCGUUUAUCCCGGUGCUAAGGUUACCAUUUUGACUGAUCACACUGUUGAUGACGUCGACCAGAGGGGUGUCAAUCCGUGGCUUUUUGCCAAACAAAGGCGCCUUAUGCACACCGGAAGAGAUUACACAGAAAGCUUCAAAGACGGCCUCCCCCAUGAGAUGGGAUAUCCUAGGAAGUAUGAUAUGCUGAUUUGA